AUGGAUCUAAGUCUCGGUUAUGGAUUCACCGCUACACAGCGCGGCGACACCUAUGCCGCAAUCGACCCUCUGAAGUCAAAUCUAUGUGGCAAGAACGUCCUCAUCACCGGCGCAGCCAGAGGUCUGGGCCACGCGAUCGCAUUGUCAUAUGCCAAAGCCGGCGCCUCUGGAAUCGCCGUUCUUGACAUCCUGGACCGCAGCACAGCGAUAAUGGCCGACCUAAAAGAGGCCGCAUCAGCUGCAGGUCGUCCAGAGCCAGACAUCGUCAUACUGGUGACAGACAUCACGGAUCGAUCCGCUGUUGAAAACGCCGCCAAGACCGUCAAGUCUCACUUCGGCGCCCUCGACAUCCUCAUCAACAAUGCAGGCGCUAUGCACCCGUAUUCGAACAUGGGCGAGACAGAUCCUGACCGGUGGUGGCGGGCGUGGGAGGUCAACGUGAAAGGCACCUACCUGAUGACAAGGACUUUCCUGCCCAUGAUCCUGGAAAGUAAAGACAAAACAAUCAUUGUCAUGUCCAGCAUUGGUGCGCUUCAUACUCUGCCAGGCGGGUCGGGCUACGAGACCACCAAGCUGGCAGUCUUGAAACUCAACAAUUACCUGAUGGCGGAGUAUGGUUCUCAAGGCCUUCUGGCCUACGGCGUGGCGCCUGGAGGCAUACACACAGAUAUGGCGGUCGAUUUUCCGGCGCAUUUGUAUGAGUUGUUGACAGAUACGCCUCAGAUGGUGGCUGACACAAUCACGUUCCUGACGAAGGAGCGGAGGGAGUGGCUUGCGGCCCGGUAUGUGGAUUCGCGCUGGGACAUGACGCAAAUGCUGGAGCGACAGGAAGAGAUCAUCGAGAAGGAUCUUCUGAAGGUGAAGCUUCAGGUAUCCUAA